AUGGCUUCGAGCUUUUCCGUUUACGCGCGACCGCGCCCAAUUGCACCCCGACGCAUUGCGCUGGUGCUGGCAGUAUGCGUUUCCGACCUGCUGCUCACUGGCCUCGUGUUCGGUUGGGCGCCGCUGCUCCUAUUGCUUCAGGAGGAAGGUCAAUACCAUGAGCUGUGUGUGGACCCAAGCGAAUCCACGUGCGUGGCCCAAGAGAACCGCCUCAACCUCAUCUUCGCAGUGGCUUCAGUAGCCAUGAAUGCCGGCGCGUUGCCUGUCGGCCUGUUUCUGGAUCGCGCAGGGCCCCGCGUGACCAUUGCGGUGGCAGCCAUCGUCGAAGUAUCUGGCUUGGCAAUGCUAGCAUUCUCAGACUCGCAGACAUUCGACCUGUUUGUACCAGCCUACGUGCUCAUUGCGUUCGGUGGCUGCAUCACCAUGAUGGCGUCGUAUCCAGCAAGUUUCCUCAUCAUGCGCUACCAAACAGCGAUCCUCGCGGCCAUCAGCUGUCUCUUCGACGGCAGCAGCGUCAUGUUCCUCAUGCUUUACUCCGCCCAUGAAACUUUCGGCUGGACGCGCAGGCAUUUGUUCUUGGGACUGGCAGUAGUGUCUGCCGGCGUCUACUUGCUGCUGAUCUUCCUCUGGGGACUUAACGAGAAGAGUCUGCGUCCAAAGCGUAGACUCGGUGUCAAUAGCAAUGGUGUGAUCGUGUCAACGCCGCAGCACGACCAGCUGCUAAGAAAUGGACAGGCAAAUGAAAGUGCAUACGGUACGUUCCGCCUCGUGGACAUUGGCCUAAUCAAGCAGAUGAAAUCGUUUGAGUUCGCGUACAUUGUGAUAUAUGCAGCUGUGCAAGUUCUACGCGCCACUAUCUACAUUGGCACAGCAAACAAACUGCUAGAAAACUACGGCGACCGCGACCAAGGCUACCUGUACACCAAGGUGUUCAGUUUUGUUCUACCAAUGGGCUUUCUCUUUGUCCCGUUGAUCGAUUACCUGGUGGAGACUCGUGGUUUGUCGAAGGCUCUGCUAUUUACGAACGUGUUGGGCGUGCUCUACAACGUGAUCGAGUUGGUGCCUAGUCUGCCUCUGCAAUGUGUGGCUUUCUUCCUCUUUACAGCGUUCCGUGCGUUCCUGUAUGCCAUCAUCUCAGCCUUUACGGCCAAGACAUUUGGUCUCAAGAACAUGGGUUCAUUAAUGGGUAUCAUCUUUUCGAUCGGCUCGGUCAUCAGUCUGGCUGAAUACCCAGCGGUUUAUAUCUCCAAUGUGUUGUUUGGCGGAGACUUGACAGUGCUGAACGUCAUCUCGCUGUUGUCCUGCAUAUUGAUGAUCCCGUUAACGAUCUAUCUGCGGAAAUAUGAGCACGACCGCGAGGAGAAACGCCGAGCCGAGAUUGCGUUGGAGACUGGCGUUGCUCACGACCACUGCGAGCGCGAGACGUACUCGUCGCUCAUGGACACACCCACACUCGGUGUGUCCUAUCUCCGAUCGCCAGGUAACGCACCGCACAAUGACCCGUUCUCACCGGAGUAAACCGCAGUCGGAUAGCAGUAGUUCU